GCUGAUAACUUCCUCCCGUGUGUUACCUUACGGUGCUGCUCUGAAGUUCUGCGUUGCCUGAUAUUAACUGCUGAAGUACUGAUAGAGUUCUGCUAUUCUUCAAUGAGGAACUACAGGCUGAUCUUUUGCCAUAAUCUUAAACAACCAUAAAUGACAAAAGAAUGCUUGGUCAGUGAGGGCAGCUGGCGCAGAAAACAUUUUUCAAACUCGGCUGUUUAAGUACUCUGAGAAAAGACAGCUUUGAUUUUUGGCUGCAAAAAGAUAUGAGGAAGAGCUCCUCCCCUUCCUUGAGUAACUGCAACUCUGUUCUUGCUAACAAAAUAUUUGGAAUUCCACUUGAUGAGCUGCAGCAAGAAGGGCAACCAGACAAUGAGGUUCCAUUCAUAGUCCGCCAUGUAGUGGACUAUAUUGAGGAACAUGGGGGUCUGGAACAAGAAGGACUUUUUCAAGUCAAUGGGAACGCUGAGACAGUGGAGUGGCUUCGGCAACGAUAUGAUAAUGGAGAAGAUGUGGACCUGGUUAAAGAAGCAGAUGUACCCUCAGCUAUUAGUCUUCUUAGAUUUUUUCUUCAGGAACUUCCAGAGCCAGUUAUCCCAGGCAGUUUGCACAUACAUUUGAUGCAACUUUCUCAAGAUUAUAAUAAUGAAGAUGAAUUUGGAAGAAAGUUGAGGUUCCUCUUGCAGCAGCUUCCACCUGUUAAUUACAGUUUGUUAAAGUUUCUGUGUAAGUUUCUAGCCAACGUAGCAUCGCAUCAUGAAGAAAUUUGGUCAGCAAGUUCUUUGGCUGCAGUCUUUGGCCCAGAUGUUUUUCACAUUUACACAGAUGUGGAGGAUCUGAAGGAACAAGAAAUAGUUAGCAGAAUAAUGGCGGGACUUCUGGAGAACUACUAUGAAUUCUUUGAAAAUGAAGAGGAAGAUUUUUCAUCUACUAAUGAUUUAAGCUCAAUAACUGAGCAGAUAAAUGAUCUCUUGGAAGAGGAGGAAGAUAUAAAGCUUGAGCAGUCUGAAGAACUUCCAGAGGAUGGCACAGAAAAACCUGUUGAGCGGCCAGCUGUGGUGCAUCUAGAUGUGACAGGGAGUAUCUCAGAUUCCAGGAGCGUUACAGCAUCAACAAGGUAACUUGUUUCUACAUUGGAAUGCAGUCUGGUGAUGUGUGAGAGAGGGAACCCUCAGACUGUUGUGGUGCCCAUGAAGCGAAGCAGUUCUUGUAGCAGUAAAAUGAGGAAUAAAAUAACUGCUCCCAAAUCCAGCAGAAGGUCUGUGGAACUCAGAUUGGAUUAUCUAUGAUUUGUGCAGAGGAAGAGGGAAAAGGAGCGUAUUUUUUUGAUGCUAUAUAGUGGUAUUUUCCCAGUAAAUUUUAUAUCCUCAGGAACGACAUGCAUAAGCUUAGCCUCUUGGACAGAAGUGGGUUUGUGCUUGCCUGUAAUGUGCAGGUUUAUGUUUUAUUUGCUUGUAGUAGACAAGUUUUUUUCUUGUCUGCUUUAUUUGUACUUACAAUUCAUGAUUUCUGUUUAGAGAAUUUUAUUUUUUUUGCCCUCUACAGCAUUUGUUUUGGUCUGGGUAUUGCAGCAAGCACCUGGAAGGGAGGGAUGAGGAAAAACCUGGGAUAGAAGUCUAAUUUAAAGUAGAAGAAACACAGGGAAAUCCAGGAGGAGGGUUAGUGCCUUGGGCUGACAGGUCUCAUGACUGCAGGGGUUUCUGGUUGAAUUCUGUUCAGCUG